AUGGCCAACAAAGCCCCGUACCAGACAACCUUCGAGGUGGAGAACACCAUCCAGCCCAUCUAUACAGGUGGUAGUGUUGCACUCGAUCAUAGCGGGCGCAUUCUAGCUACCACACUGGGCGAAGAUGCCUUAUUGACUGAUUUGAAUACGGGGAGGCAACUGGCGAGGAUUGACGGGGACGGCGAGCUGAUCUCAACCCUUACAUUAACGCCAUCUGCAUCUCACUUAAUAAUAUGUUCGAGAUCACUUUCCAUGCGCAUAUACACGCUGAGACCUUCCCCAUCCGCGACUUUAGAAAUCAACUACGAACUUCUACGAACUUUAAAACCCCAUUCCACUCCUGUUGUCGUGCUCGCUGUCGAUCAAACAAGUACGCUUCUGGCGACGGGCGGAGCGGAUGGAACGGUGAAAGUUUGGGAUAUUGAAGGCGGAUAUGUGACGCAUACAUUUCGGACUUCCAACGUGCUCGUCUCCGCCCUGCAUUUCUUCGAAUUGGUUGCAAAUCAAAGGGAUGAGGCAAUGGGUAUCUCGGCAAGAAACCGCAAAAAGUCUGGGCAAAAUAAUGUCAACCCAGAGGAAGAUAUGCAAAAUGAUUCCGGACGAGGAUUUCGGCUUGCUUCCGGGAGCCAAGAUGGCAAGGUUCGCAUUUGGGAUUUAUACAAGCGUUCUUGUAUCUCGACCCUAGAUUCGCACGUUUCCGACAUUCGUGCAUUGGAUUACUCGUCGGAAGAAAACGCACUCCUCACUGCUAGCAGAGACAAGACAAUCAUGUGGUGGGAUGCGAGAACCUGGAAAGUCCGCAAAGUAGUCCCGGUUCUCGAGGAAAUUGAAACGGCUGGAUUCAUUGGGCAAGGCCAAUUGACGUAUACUGGCGGCAUAAAUGGAAACAUUCGAAUAUGGCAGACUGGUAAUGGCCGAGAAGUCACACAGCCGCAGCAACCGAAGACAGAGAUAGAGUCAAUUGUUGACAGCAUCCUCCUUCCUGGAUCCCCAUUCAUUUUAUCCAUACGAUCGGACCACACCAUGGUCCUCCAUUCCACGUCCUCCUUAGAAGGGGUUGGGGACUCUGAUACAAUUCCUCCGCUAGAAGAAAUGAAACGGAUAUCAGGGACCCAUGACGAAAUUAUUGACUUGGGAUACCUUCUCCCAGAUCGGUCGCUUUUGGCUCUAGCCACAAACUCAGAAGAGAUCAGAAUCAUAUCUCUAGCUCAAUCCGAAAAUGACUCUAUGUAUUUCGGAGCGGAUGUUGCUCAACUGAAGGGGCACGAUGAUAUAGUUAUUUGCCUGGAUAUUGAUUGGUCAGGACACUGGAUUGCAACAGGUGCCAAGGACAAUACUGCCCGAUUAUGGCGAAUUGAUCCUGAAAACUCAUCCUUUGAAUGCUACGCAACGUUUACCGGCCACGCAGAAUCCCUUGGUGCAAUUGGGCUGCCGCAUACAGCUCCUCCAGAAUCAUCUCUCGCAUUCAAGUCACCUCUGAACAACCCACCAAAGUAUCUCCUCACUGGGUCUCAAGACCGAACAAUAAAACGAUGGGAUAUACCUUCUAAGGAAGCUCUUAAGUCUGCUCGAAAGGCACCAAGAGCAUUAUACACAAGAAAGGCACACGACAAGGAUAUCAACGCCAUAGACAUCAAUCACAACUCACAAUUAUUUGCCUCAGCUUCCCAAGACCGUACUGUGAAGAUCUGGUCCGUAGAGGAAGGCGAAGUGCAAGGAGUCCUCCGUGGACACCGGCGCGGCGUAUGGUCAGUCAAAUUCGCUCCAAAUGGCACGCCCAAUAUCGUGGGCGAAAGUGGGCCAGCGGCUGGAAAAGGCCUUAUUCUUACUGGUAGCGGUGAUAAAACUGUGAAGAUCUGGAACCUUUCUGAUUACAGCUGCCUGAGGACCUUCGAAGGGCACACAAAUAGUGUUUUGAAAGUCGCGUGGCUUAAUCCCCCUAAAACGGAAGAACAUGGGCGAAAGCAUGUGCUCGUCGCAAGUGCUGGCGGUGAUGGACUCGUGAAGGUGUGGGAUGCGAAUACUGGCGAAUCAGCGACUACUUUGGAUAAUCAUGAGGAUCGCGUGUGGGCUCUGACAGUACAUCCUACCACGAAUAUGAUUGUCUCGGGCAGUGGCGACUCCACCGUGACAUUUUGGAAAGAUACCACGUCGCAAACACAGGCAGCGUCUACUGCUGCUGCGACCGAGUUUGUUGAACAGGAGCAACAGCUUCAAAACUACAUUCACGCCGGGUCUUAUCGCUCCGCAAUUACUCUUGCACUUCAGCUCAACCACCCUGCGCGUCUCCUCGCUCUGUUCACUUCCGUUGUGACCACCAAUUCUCCGGAAGAGGGCAGUCUUUGUGGCUUGAAGGCAGUUGAUGAAGUUCUCGGAUCCCUGUCGGAUGAUCAAAUCUUUAAGUUACUACUCAGGAUCAGAGAUUGGAAUACUAAUGCCAGAACUGCACCUGUCGCCCAAAGGGUUCUGUGGACAUUGGUAAAGAGCUAUCCCGCAUCUCGGUUGUCAAAUCUGAAGGUCAAGGGAGGGAAAGGGAACAAGAGUCUAAAGGAACUUUUGGAUGGGCUGAGAGUAUAUACGGAGAGACACUACAAGAGGAUGGAAGAGCUGGUAGACGAGAGUUACCUAGUGGAGUACACCUUGAGGGAGAUGGAUGGACUUGGGCUCCUGGAGGAUGCUGGUUAUACAGCGAAUGGCAAUAUCCUGGAUCCUGAACAGGAUACCAUUAUGGUAUAA